GUUCGCACCUCGCAACUGUGUAUCUUUGCGAUAGGCGAUAUGCAUGGAUACGGCUUCUCGUCAUCCUUGUGAUCUCGCCUUUCCGACCGGCCGAGAUGGCUUCCCAUUUUCAUGCUUCAGUGUUUUCUGACAACCGUAUCUGUGCUGUUUGAAACUUGCGAUGCAAGUUAUCGCUAUGCACGCGCAUUCUCGCGCCUGACAAUGAAGCGCAGUUACAUGCCUCAUUCAUACGCUGCACUCGCUCUCGCGCCCUGGGACCAAGAUCACGAAUAGAGAACGCUAUGAUCAUUCCGUGAUGUCAAUGCGUUGGGCCGAAAUCGCGCUGUCCGCGACGACGCAUAGGAUGCGUCACACUUUCCAGAGGACCCGUAGAUAGCUGUACGGUGCGCCAGCUGGUGGCUUCCAAGCCGGCUGGUGCGCUCGGGCCGCGCCUCGCGCGUCGCUGCACUAUGCAGUACAAGCGGUCCGUCCUGCGCCCCAUCCUGCGCAUUACGGAUAUGGCGCGCGUGCCGCCGGAGCUGCAGUCCGGCCCGGAUGCUGCUGCCCAAUUCUCCGCGCUGCUGGCCCGUAUGGCUGCUGCUUGCGCAGAGCCUGGGGUGGCGGCAUGGCGCGGCUGACGUGCCCUUGCUGACCCUUACGGUGAAGCAGGCAACCCAGCUUCAACUUGCGCCUGCGUACGACGCACUCCGCGUGCGUCACUUGGCCUUCAUCCAAGAGGCCUACAGCGGCGCCGCGCCGCCAGCGGAAGCGAUUCAUGCGCUGCGGGCGGCCCUGGCGCGGCUGUGGGCUUUGGUGUGGGAGCCGCGACACAAGGAACCGCUCUGGCGUCUGGCAGUCAACGGGUUCACGGGCUUUGGGAUGCUUGCGGCGUGGGCCGCAGAUGGACGCGUGGAGAAAUGCCCGUGUGGGACUCAGAUGACUGCUGGGGCUAGGGUUCAUCACUUCUGGGACUGUGUGGUGGCGGAGGCUCUGCGUGAUGUGAUGCGGGAGCAUGCGAAUGUGGACAUCACACGGAACCAGUUGUGGUUAGUACAGGCGCCACCAGGGCUAUCGCAGGCGGUGUGGGACAUCGUGUGCUUGGCUGCUGUGGCGGCCCUGGAAUACGGCCGACAGCGCCUUUACGCUUGCCGUGAUGCUGCAGACCGGACUGCGGAGGUUGCUGUUGUGCGAAGGAUCGGUGUGGAGGUGAUUGCGGACUUCUGGUCACGGCUAGCUGCGUUUGUGAGUCUGCGUCGGCCUCCGCGCCGCUGGGACCUUGUCCCGAAAGAUCUCGGUCUGGGUGUGCUGCUUUUCGGUCGGCGGGGCAAGGCACGUGGGGAACUUGGUCGCAAAGGGUCGCAAGACAGGUGCGGAUGUGGGGUCUCGGCUUGGGUCUCGGUGGGAUGUGGGUGGGGUCUCGCGCCGGCUCACACUCUUCACACUCUUGCACAGGCUGUGUUCUAGGGCCCGAUGUAGAGACAUGGCGGCUAGGCCACGGAAAAGAACAUCAGAACUGUCACACGGCAUGUAGGGGCGUCCUAGGGCAUACAUCUCCCACGGCGGGCAUCUCAGGAGGGCUCUGAACAGGCCCGAAUCAGAAGCAGCCAUUCAUAUGACACCAUGCAGCAAGCUUUCGGGUGCAGAUGCUCAGUCCUGGUGAGCACGACUUUGUUAGCCAAUCAACCGCUGCAUGUCCGGCGCGGAACGCUCUGAGCCCCGUACCCAAAGGCAUAACGUAUGUUACAGAGCAAUAAUGGGGUGUUAAUGUGUGUAGGCUGAGUCGGCAUGUAGGGAUUUCGUGCGGUCGCGACCGA